CCCAAAUAUUCAAGACCUAAACAUGUUUUUUUUUACCUCAACUUCCCCAACAGGUACGUUAUCACUAUCAAAAUAGAAGUAAGAUAUUGAGAUCAUUAAAAUAGGAUAUCUCCACUACGCAUAAGUGUUUGUUGCUGCUAAUGACGUACUUAGUAACAUCAUCGGUUGAUCAGUCCAAUAAAUAUCUAUCUAUACGGCGGCAAAAAAUCAGGCCACGCACAAUGCGGAUAAAUAGGAUAAGUACUGGUCUGCGAUAUGAAGGUGCUCAAGAUAAAAUUUUCAUCUUAUCAGGAAAAUAAAAACAUGUUUUCAUAUAACUAACAAAUUCAGAAUUUUGAUUAAGGGUGGUACUAGAACUUAACACACAAGACAGAUUUGUGAAAUCUAUUUGAUGUGCAAUAAGAUUAUUACUAGGAUUAACUCGAUUAUAUGGAUACCAGUGGGUAUAUAGUAAAAGGUUCAUUUCAUGCACUCCUGGGGCCUUUUCAUGGCAUUUUUGAGCAUAGCAAUCGAUGCGAAGCGAUCGAUAUCCCUACUCCUAUUGACGUAAACAUUGCUCUUGGAGUACCCCACAAAAAGAGUCAAUGGAUGUCAAAUCUGGAGAUCACGAUGGCCAUGUGA